AUGGAACAGAGUCACUUGCAAACACAGCUGGGCUACGGCAAUGUGGGCAACAACUAUGCCCCCUACGCGCCGGCAGUCUCCAAGCCAGAGGAAAUUGAGAAGCUGGUGGACCAGCAGCUCCUUCAACUCAAGGUACACUACAACGAACAGGAGCAGAACUAUGUGAACCAGAUGCUACUGGCAAAUCCUAUAGUUGUGGAGCGUCGGACAUCGCCGCCGCUCAACACCGUACUGCCAACGCCGACACCAACGCCAUCGCCCGGAGCUGGUUUCGGAUCUGGAGCGGGGAUGGAGGGCAGGGAUGUCCAGCGUCAGCGGGCAGAGUCCUGCCGCAAGUCACGCUACAACAACAAGAUCAAGAAGGCCAAGCUGCGCUUCCGGCACAAGUUCGUCAGCGAGCAGCUGAAGAAGAGCGAAGGGAUGCUGAACACGAUGCGGGAAGUAAUCGCGCAGGCGGAGCGCCAGCUCCUUGACCGGGGAAUCCCCGCCGCUGCCAUCGAGCGCAUGCGCAGCACCUUCGGCCUCGGUCUCAUUCAGCCCAUGGAUCAGUGA